GAUAAUGAAAACCAAACCGAAACUAUUGAAGAAGACGACAACGAUUUAUUUGAUGAUAUAUCCUUUUCGCUUCCUCGUGGUCAUGUUCCUCAAUCAUAUCUAGAUUUAUCAAGUACAGAGAUUGCAAGUAUGGAUGAACAUUUACCUGAAAGUAAUAUAGGAUAUAAAUUAUUAUUGAAAAUGGGUUGGAAAGUUGGUCAGGGACUUGGAAGCAGAAAAGAACCUAUUCGAAUAGAUAUUAAAUCUGAUAGUUUAGGUGUAGGUAAACUCGAAGAAGAAAAUUAUUAUCAUUCUACUAGUACUGCAAGACGUAAAGCUUUAGAUAGUGAAAAAAUUGCAGAGGAGACUGAAGAAGAACGCAAUAAAGUUCAAAAACAAGAAUCGAUUAAAAAAGAAUUAGAAACUAUUAAUGCGGCAUUUUAUUGUGCGUUAUGUGAUAAACAAUAUACAAAAAUCUCGGAGUAUGAAACCCAUUUGAGCUCAUAUGAUCAUAAUCAUCGCAAGAGAUUCAAGGAAAUGAAAGAAAGUAAUCGUCCCACAGCUAAAUUGGAUAGAAAACGUGAAAAAGAACGUAAAAGAGAAGAAAAAGAAUUGGCAAGAAUGCAACAAGCUGCACUUCAAAGAGCGGGUAGCAAACAAUCUAUUACUAACGAUAUUCUUAAUAAUAGUUCAUCAAGUAAAUCAUCAAUUAACGAUAGCACAACUAAAACGAAUUUAAGUGAUAGUUUGGUAGCCUCAACUACAAGUAGUAAAGAUUCAGAGGGAGGAGGUGGAGGUUGGACUUCGGUGGAUAUAAGCUCAUCCUCUUCAUCGUCAAAUUCAACAAAUAUCGAUAAUACUCAACAAGGAGGCUGGAAUUUUGUACGUGCGACAACUACAAGUAACACAAGUGGAUGGAAUUCGUCACCAGCAUUUAAAUACAGUGGCUGGUCUUCAACAGUAAUAUCUUCAACAAUAAAUCAACCAAAUAAUAUUAAUACUGGAUCAAAUACAUCAGAUACUGUAAAUUUAUCUAAUAAUACAGCGAAUAAAUCAAAAUCAAAACUAACAUUUGGAAUCGGUAAAACAUCUGGAGACACUUCAGAGCCUUUAAAUUUGGAUUCAAGAAGAAAUAAAUAG